CACGAAAACAUUGGAGGCGCGGAUCAGAAACACUUCUUUUGACCCGGGACCAGCCCGCUGCGGAGAUGCCUGUGUGCAAUUUCUUUCUUCAGGGCCGCUGUCGUUACGGCGACACAUGUUGGAAUGAGCAUCCGGCGGGAGGAGGAGGAGGUGGAGGUGGAGGAGGAGGAAGAGGAAGAGGAGGAGGAAGAGGAGGUGAAGGAUACAAUAACAACAACAACAGCAACAGCUUCAACUCUCCUGCUCAGCAGCAGCCCCGAGGAGGAGGUGGAGGGUUUGGAAACAGAGUUUGGGUGAAUCCUUCCCAGCAAAAAGUAGGCUAUGUCCAGCCAUCAUCUUUCUCCUCUCACGGAACUGAGGAAUGGGGUCAAGGAGGAAGUGGAGGAGCUGAUUGGAGUCGAGCUGUAGAUGGAGGAGGAGGGAAUGACUGGAGCAAAGGAGGAGGAGGAAGUGGCGGGAACAACUGGGGCCGAGGAGGAAGUAGCCAGAAUGACUGGGGCCGAGGAGGAGGAGCAGGAGGUGGCGGGAGAAGAGAUAACGUGAGCGUCGCUGCUCCGAACAGAUUUUCAACGCUUGGUUCUCCCACUCCCUUUGAAAGUCGAGGAAGUGGACAGCAGCUGCCAGUCGGCGAGGAAGACGAUGACAAAAAACUGGAGACCAUCCAGAUGGACAUGGAUAUUUGGGAGAAUUCGGGGCAGUGGGGCUUCUCGUGUUAUUCUAGCUUCAAGGCACCUUUAUCUGGUUUCGCUGAUGUCUCCCCAGAAGAGCUCAGGCUGGAGUAUUUAACCAGAAGCGCUUCAGGAGAGGUCCCGAUCUAUGUUAAUGCUAUCCAUGAGUUGAUCAACCGGUGGAGGAGCAGGGUCCAGGAACUGAAGGUUAUGAGUCCAGCCACCCGCACAGCUUUGCUCGCAGAGAUAAACAACCCAGCACCUCAGGCAUCUUCGAGUGGCUUUGGUUCAGCUACAGUAUUGGAAUCUGCUACAGACAGUAUGGAAAGCAAAGGCUUCGAGGCUCCAGCACCGGCUGCGUCCAGCACCUUCAGCUUCGCUGCUCCGAGCGGUGGGUUUGGUUCCCUGGCGGCGCCAGGUUUCGGCAGUGCCUCGGCAGCCCCGACACAACCUCCCUCCGGGUUGGGUUCCUCCGCUGCAGCCUCCUCGGCUCCGAACGCCUCUUCCUUCUCCUUUGCUGCGCCGUCCACCAACAAGCCAGCAGCCACUUCAGGAUUUGGCUCCGCCUCAGGGUUCAAUUUCACCUCGACACAAAACGCCACAGGAGGAGGAUUCGGGAACGGCUUCGGGGCUGCAGCACCGGCCUCGGUGGGGGGCGGCGGCAUUUUUGAACAGACAAGUGGAGGGUUUGGGAAGACGGCGGCUCCACCUGCAGCAGCAGUGGGGUCUGCCGGCGGGGCAUGGAACACUCUGUUUUCACAUGAGAGCAAUAUGACUCCAGAGGAGCUGGCCCAGUUCAAGGCGAAGAGGUUCACUCUGGGCCAGAUUCCUUUAAAGCCUCCCCCAGUUGACAUGCUGGUGGUAUGAUGCUGUUUGGAAGGAUUCCCAGGAUUUUUUAUGAUUAUUAAAAACAAAAUAUAACAUGUAUUCUGCUUAGUGCUUCUGUUUACACCUAAGUGACUAUUACAUUUGUAAAGAUCUGGCUGAUGUUUAUUCUACUAAUACUAUAGAUAAAUUCUAGCAGGGAAAACGUGCUUCAUGUCAGAUGUUUGUGUUUAUGCAACGCGUGCUUCAGGUACAAUACAUAGUACAUAUUUUUAGAUGUCGUUUGUCACAUAUACAUAGUUCUAUUUUCGAUUGAUUGACUUUCGGGAUUGUUCAGAAUCUGAAUUUUCCCCUUAUUUUUUUAGAGGCUGGUAGUAAACAGAUCAGGGGAUGAGCACGGUUUCUGAAGAUUUAUUUGCAUGAUUAUGUGAUCUAACAGCUAUUAUACAAUUAAAAAAAUGCUUUGAAUUUGA